AUGACCAAUGAGAACAAUAAUGAACACAAAACGUAUGACAAUCUCGAUCCAUCUACUUGUAUUGGUACAUGUCCUGAUGAAGAUUCGGAGUAUGCGGUGCUACUGCCAAACGACGAUUGCAAAAAGUAUUGUAUGUGCAGCAAUGGUGUAGCAUGGGUCAUGCCUUGCCCUGAGCCCCUUUACUUCGAUUCUGUUGAGAAGAUUUUUAUUACGCGAUCAAGAUGGCACAAAUUGAUAAAAAUCGAUAAUAAUAAUUCGAUGAAAUCUCUAAUCAAUGAAAAUAAUUAUGAACGCAAAACAUAUGACAAUCUCGAUCCAUCUACUUGUAUUGGUACAUGUCCUGAUGAAGAUCCUGAAUAUGCGGUGCUACUGCCAAAUGACGAUUGCAAAAAGUAUUGUAUGUGCAGCAAUGGUGUAGCAUGGGUCAUGCCUUGCCCUGAGCCCCUUUAUUUCGAUUCUGUUGAGAAGAUUUGUAAGCUAAAGAAAAAUGCCGUAUGUGGAAAACGUUCAUCCAAUCAAGAUGACAUUCUCACUAUUGAUAAUAUGGUCGACAAUGACAAUUUAAUUCUCUCGAGAAAAUUUGUAAGCUAAAGAAAAAUGCUGUAUAUGAAGUAUGUUCAUUCAAUGAAGAUGAUCCGAUUAAUAAAAUGGUUGAUAAUGGCAAUUAGUAAAACCUUUAAUCGGUGAAAAUAACUAUGGACGCGAAACAUCUCCAUACAUCUGUUCAUAUCGAUAUUUGUCCUGAAGAAGGUCCUGAAUACAUAGUAUUACUAUCAAAUGAUAACUGCCAAAAAUUUCGUAUGUGCAGCAACAGCGUAGCAUAGAUUUAGUCAUAUUCUUAAACUUACUAACUUCUUUAACUUCUGUAUUUUGAUUUUGUUGAAUAAUUCUUUGAUUUUUAGAAGAUUUGGAAGUAGGAUGUGUAUGCAGCAUGACUGUUUAAUAAAGACCGUUCUUUCAUGAUUGAUAGAAAA